AUGUUACUUCGAUAUUCAGUUUUCCCACGGACUCUUCCACUGAUACGGCACUCCUGGGCUCCCACACUGCGUGCCACUUCUCUCAGUGUUGCUCCUUGGUUGACAACCAUCAGGCUCGCUUCCUCUGGGAACCAGUGGAAACAACGCCAAGGUCACGAUGCAUAUGUCCGCUAUGCCAAGGUCAAGCAGCUCAAGAGUAGAGCAGCCUUCAAGCUGGUAGAGGCAAGACUGGCCCUGUCAUACUUCUUCAUACUCAGUAGAGGCCAAACUGUAGUUGAUCUGGGAUAUGCUCCGGGCAGCUGGUCACAAGUAGCCGUCGAUCGCACUCGACCGCAUGGUCGUGUUAUUGGUAUCGACCUUAUACCCGCCCAUCCUCCUCAGGGUGUUGCAACGUUCCAAGGGGACUUCUUGUCUCCGAUGGUUCAGGAACUUGUCAAAGACUUCAUUGCCCAGAGCCACGGCGACCGACCUCUCCAAGCCAACCAGAGGGAUGAUGUGAAUGAUGAUGAGGACCUGCCCUCCGAGCACACCGUUAUCGAUCAACCGAGCUACAUUGAUCGCGAGAGACAAUCGGCGGAAAGCGCAAGUCCAAAAUCCGGUAUUUCGUCAGCAGAUUCGGACUCAAGACAUUCCGUGGAUGUCGUGUUAAGUGAUAUGUCAGAACCCUGGGACCAGGAAUCUGGGUUCAGUUCAAGGAGUUUAAGUAACCCUUAUGACAGGCUGAUGAACACGAGCGGCAAUCGGACGCGAGAUCAUCUCGGCAGCAUGGACCUCUGCGAGGCUGCACUCCAAUUUGCCAGCGACACGCUCAAACCUGGUGGCCAUUUUGUCUGCAAAUUCUACACAGGAGCGGAGGAUAAAGAAUUGGAGAAGAAACUCAAGCUUCUCUUCUCCAAAGUUUACAGGGAGAAACCGGAUGCAUCCAGAGCAGAGAGCAAGGAGGCCUAUUUCGUGGCUCUCUUUAAAAAGGCCAAGACUCCUAUUGAAAGCACGGCUACAGAUAGCCAUGAUCACUAG